AUGGCGAGCUGCUUCUGCGGCACGAGCGCGGGGCGGCGGGGCCAGUUCGUGAAGCUGGUGUUCCCCGGCGGGCACGUGGAGCUGCUGGACCGGCCGGUGCUGGCGGCGGAGGUGAUGUCACAGCACCCGCGGUUCUGCGUGGCGCGUCCCGACGUGUUCCGCGAGCCCGUCGGCGCGGUGGCCGCGCCCAACACCAUGCUCCACCUCGGGCACAAGUACUACGUCGUGCCCAAGAGCACCGUCCGGAGGCUGCUCAAGUACUCGUCGUCCUCCUCCCACAGCGCCGGCGGCGGGCGCGGCAGCGUGUCGCUGAGGCGGCACCUGGCCAGGCCCGACGGCCAUGACAGGGGCCACAAGGACGGCGGCAAGAAGUGGUUCGGCUGGGCGGUGGGCGGCGAAGCCAGGGCGCCCCAGAGGCCUCCUCAGGAGGUGGGCGUCAGUCAUGGCAGUGAAGAAGAAGCGGUCAGGGGGGUACGUGUUAAAGAUACAAAGGAGAAGGGGAGGGGUGCGAAAGGCGAAUCGCCGGGACGGCGGCGGCGGCGGCCGGUUGCCUCGCCGGCUGACUCGGCGUCCUAUUCCUGGCAGCCUAGCCUUCACAGCAUAACUGAAGAAUAG